ACGAAUGAGUGCCCGUCGUAGCGCGCUCUAAUCUAUUUACAUCCGCUGUAGCGCGUAGCUGAGCGGGCCCCGUUUUUUUUUUCUUCUUCUUCUUUGCUUAAACUCAUAGCCGCGUUCCGUGUUGCUGCUUUUGUCUGUACCAGUCUAUUGAUUGCAUGUUAGUGGCCUCAGUGAAACAGAUCUACUCACAAUCACUUGUGAUAUGGAUUUAUUGUUGUUCUGGACGAGACUGAGAUUAAUAAUUGAAUUCAAAACAAGUGGAUAAUUAAUUUAUUUUCUUUUUUCCUCACGAAUCUUGGCCUUUUUUUUCUUCCUAAAACGGUAGCUUGAAGAUUUUGUUCUAAUCCACGAGAGUUUCUCUCAACACGUGGAAGUAACCCAGUGAUCGAAUGGGGAAUUAAAAACGUCUUUCCUCGGUGACUGCAGUGUUUAAACUUCUACCUUCACAUGAAGCGUACUGCGCUAGGAAUCAUUCGUUCGUUUCAUGAAAUCGUCACAAGAAGCUGAAAAAGAAAAUCGGAUCUAGUUCAAUGUGUGGAUGCGGAGUGACCAAACAGCAAUAAGAGUUUUGGAUGUACACAUUGUCUCUGGACAUUUGGUCACUGUGUGCGUUUCAGUAGAGGGAACCAUGAAGAUGAAUUGUUUACAACAAUAGCUCAAGACAGCACUUGUUGACUUUUAAGGCUCCAAACUGAAAGUCAGAGGGACAGCAAAUCUUUCAACUCUUAAAAUACACAGUUCAAAAAAUGAGAUAUUUUCAAUCUUUAAUUCUCCUCUUCACACAAGCCCUGUGCCAGCACGCCUUGAAGCCUACCACCAUUCUCCAUCAGCCACACAUCAACGUGGUUAACAAAAAUGUCACGGUGGUGGCCGGAGAGACGGCCAUACUGCCCUGUUCAGUGGACUAUCUAGGAACGUAUAAGGUGGUGUGGAUGAGAGGUGCAAAGAUCUUGACCUUAGAAGACAGACGUAUCGUGUCUGACGAAAGAGUCAGCCUGGAGAGACCUUUCGUCAAAGAGUGGAACCUACACAUCCGGAAGAUAGAGACAGUGGACUCCGGCCUGUACAUGUGUCAAAUCAACACCGACCCCCUCCAGGUUAGGUCAGUCACGCUGGUGGUACACGAGCCGCCUUCGAUCAUUGACUACCUUUCUACACCCAACGCCAUCAGUGUCCGUGAACACGUGACUGUUGAGCUGGUCUGCAAUGUCACGGGCUUACCUCCACCUACAGUCUCCUGGAAUAGAGUAUCCACUGGUCAGUGGCCCGAGCAAGGUCCAGCAGGAGCCAGAACACGUAUUGGCAUGGAUGGUGAGGUCUUGGUCAUCCACAACGUUACCAGGUACUGUGAUGAUAUCUACGAGUGUGUGGCCUUCAAUGACGUCGCCCCAGUGGCCACUAGGGAGAUACGUGUUCAAGUCCAGUACGCACCAGAGGUAACAUUGCCUGUGAAAAAAAUUGGGCAAGUGAGAGGCAAAGGCACAAUUUUGGAGUGCGAGGUUGUGGCCAACCCACUUAACCUUAGCAGCUGGAAGAAGAAAGGGAUCGACCUUACCAAGAACCCAAAUUAUUACGUGGACGCUUUCAGUGAGAAAAACAAAGUGGUGCUGAGCCUGAGGAUACAUGCCGUGACGGAAGAAGAUUACGGGGAAUAUGAGUGCUAUGCAGAAAACCUCAUCGGGAACGAUUCAGAGAAAAUGAUUUUGCACGAGACGCCCAGACCGCUCCCUAAAUCGACCACUACCACCACGGUGCGCCCUGAGAUGAGCCAGAACAUUGACCAGCACGAUGGCGGGCAGCUUUUCAACAAUGGCGAGAGCCACCAUUGGGUCUCCAGCAAUGAAGCGCCUGGUGACAAGGAUGACACUAAGGAAAACGACAGAGGGGGCCAUAGGCACUCUGAUCCCAGAUAUAACAGCCACCAGGGGUCAAAUCUUGGCAAUAAAGAAGUUCCUGACAAAAGCUCGGUGAUCUCAGACCCUAACAGGAAAAACUCAGCUUCUAUCACAAUCAAACCAGCAAUUAUGGCGACCAUUGGUGUUUUGAUUGUUGCAUGUAGCAGGUGAUGGGUGAAGAGCACUGAAGGUUAAGACUACAUGAUUUGAGUGUGUUUGGAUCUUCGAUCAAAUUAUCAUUUUUAAACAACAAAAGCUACAAUCAUAAAAUGAUUGCCCUUGCAAACACCAUAAGAAACAAAUUACAGUGGAAAUAUCUGCAAUAAGAGUUGGAAGUUUGUUCUUAAUGGGGAAAAAAGUUAAUAUGGUGAUUUACUCACAAUUAAACAACGCAAAUAAACAUUCCAAAAACUUUGACCAAUAAUGAACAAACGAACGGAACAAAACUUCAACAGGUACCUGAAUGAUAGUAGCCUACUGAUAAUGAAAUAAUGUAUGUGAAUGUAAUAAUGGACAUAAUUUAUGUACUUUGUACCAUUAAAAAAGUUGAUUCUUGUUGAUAUGAUUAGGUAUCUUUUAUAGAUUUAUAAACUAUGUGAACUAGAUUAUAAUUUAUAAUUAUAAUAUUAAGAAUCCAGAGCUAUAAAUUCUUAGCAGAUAUUUUUUUAUGUUUAUGUAUAAAACAGAUUCAUGAAAAGUUUUCUUUUGAAUGGAGAGCUGAAUCAGAAAAUUCUUGGCAUAUCUUUUUUCACUAGACUUAUCGGUAUAGACAGCAUAAUAAAAUGAGUGAGUGGACAGUCUAUAUAUUUCUGUCUAUGGUUGACUAUAAUCAUUUUUCAUCAAUACGUAGCUCCUACCACUUAUGUGAUAGUCACAAUAUUAGUCUUAAUAUAGUCACAAUUUUAGCUAAUUUUAACUACUAAUAUUGAUAAUAAAAGCGGCAUUUGGAUAAAGUUUGUUAUAUUCUCUGAAAAGACCUACAGUUUAUACUCAGCCUAAAGCUUGUAUAUAUAUAUAUAUAUAAACAUUACAACAUUUAAAUUUACUUUUUGUACUACAAUUGAUAUAUAUAUAUAUAUAACAAGGAUAAACUUUAUUAUAAGAAGCUUCUAGUAAUAAAUAAAUAUUAUACAGUCAAAAAAAAAAAAAAAACAUUAAUGUUGUUUGGCUGAAAAAAAAAACACAAAUUUAUCAAAAAAUGAAAUCUAAGUAUCCCAAUCACAGAUAGACUGUAUUAAUGAAAAAAGAAAAAAAAAAGAUAGCUGUUGUAAUGAAUGCUAGGCUACUUAAUAAGCUCAAACCAGAAAAUAUUUUCUCUCAAUGUUGUUGGCUGUUUCACACACACAUCCACACACAAAUCAAAAUCAAGUUUUAGUUCCUUCUGAAAAGUGAUUAAAAAAUACUUCUUUUUUAGAGCAAAAGAAAAGAGGUGCCUGCUGUUAAAUAUUGUGGUCUGGCCCCUCCUCCCCCCACCCAAAAAAAAAAAAAAGAUGGGU